AUGGAGCCACCUCCCCUUUCCGGCAUUAAAGUCCUCGAAUUCGCCGGUCUUGCACCUGGACCAUUCGCCGGGCUGCUCUGUGCAGAUUGGGGCGCUUCUGUGCUCCGAGUUGACCGUGCAGUGCCAGGAGCUCACUCACAUGCCGCUCUUGCCUCUCCCCCGCCAGCAACCUCUGACCGACUGACCAGGAGGAAAAGUUCGAUCUGUGUCGACCUCAAACGGCCUGAUGGGCGUGGACUCGCCUUCAUCAAGGACCUGGCCGCCCACGUCGAUGUGGUGAUUGACCCUUUUCGUCCGGGCGUUCUGGAGAAACUGGGUCUCGCGCCGCAGGAGCUCCUGUCCCGGAAUCCCAGGCUGAUCAUUGCGCGGAUGACUGGGUUUCGUCGUGAUGGCAAGUACUCUGCAAUGGCCGGCCACGACAUCAAUUACAUUGCCGUGUCCGGCGUCCUUUCCAUGUUGGGGAGAAAGGGCGAGCGGCCUCAACCGGCACUGAACCUCCUCGGGGAUUUCGCCGGUGGCGGUGCUGUCUGUUUUCUGGGAAUCGUCUUGGCUCUGCUCAGCCGGGCCACGUCGGGAAAGGGACAGGUGGUCGAGGCAAAUAUGGUCGACGGGAGCGCCUUUCUCGCCACCAUGCCUCGACUCGCGCUGAAAACUCCCCUUUGGUCGCGAGAACGAGGAACGAAUGUGCUGGACGGCGGAUGUCCGUACUAUCAAACAUACGAGACGGCCGAUGGCAGGUACAUGGCAGUGGGGGCGCUGGAGCCACAGUUUUUCGCCGCCCUGCUAAAGGGACUUUCAUUGAAGGCCACAGACUUGCCAGGUGCGAGAGACGACAGGGCCAUCUGGCCAGACCUGUUCGACCUUUUUACCAAAACCUUCAAAUCCAAGACCCGGGAGGCAUGGGAGCACAUCUUCGACGGCACCGACGCCUGUGUCACUCCGAUGCUGACCCAGCAGGAGUUGGAGCUGUCUGCUUAUAUUCAGAAGCCUAUCGUUACCCUCCGACGCACCCCAGGCCUGGCCAUAGCUACCAAAAAAGACGGUGACGGUGACGCUGACCCUGGCGCAUCUCAAGCAGUUGAGGCCCGUCAAGGCCAGGGCCAGGGGGUGGAAGGAGAAGGCUGGAUCAGCAAUGGACUUUCCCCGAGCAAAGGGGGCGAGGAAGUGUUGCAAAGCUGGCUGGGAUGGAGGAGGGGACAUGAUUUUGAUGUAGAUCAAGGAGGCUUGGUUUUGACCAAGGUGCCGGUCGCCAAUCCCAAACUGUAA